GGGUGAGUAGAAGAGAGAGAAAGGUAGUGAGAAUCCAGGCAUCUGUUCUUCACAUGAAUGCACUCAUUUUACAGAGAUCAGUCUGCAAACAUGCUUUGGAAACUAGUUGAAAAUGUAAAAUAUGAAGAUAUAUAUGAGGACCGACAUGAUGGCGUCCCCAGCCACAGUUCCAGACUGUCCCAGCUGGGCUCAGUGUCGCAGGGACCUUACUCCAGCGCCCCCCCGCUCUCCCAUACUCCAUCCUCGGAUUUCCAGCCACCUUACUUUCCUCCUCCUUACCAACCACUCCCGUACCACCAGAGCCAGGAUCCUUACUCCCAUGUCAACGAUCCCUACUCCCUGAACCCUCUGCACCAACCGCAACAACACCCUUGGGGGCAGAGACAGCGUCAAGAAGUUGGAUCAGAAGCCGGGUCUUUGUUGCCACAGCCCCGGGCUUCCUUGUCCCAGCUCUCCGGACUGGACCCUAGACGGGACUAUCCCUCAGUCAGGCGUCCAGAUGUUCUUCUUCAUUCUGCACACCACGGGCUUGAUUCUGGCAUGGGGGACAGUCUAUCCCUGCACGGCAUUGGGCAUGUUGGAAUGGAAGACAUCCAGACAGUUGAAGACGCCAAUAACAGUGGCAUGAGUCUAUUGGACCAGUCCGUGAUUAAAAAAGUUCCAGGUCCCAGUAAGAGUGUCACUUCUAUUAUGAUGAGCAAGGAUGGUCUGAUAGGUGGAAUGGGAGUCAACACUAAUGAAGUGUUUUGUUCUGUACCUGGUCGCCUGUCCCUUCUUAGUUCGACUUCCAAAUACAAAGUGACCGUGGGCGAGGUUCAGAGACGACUCUCCCCUCCAGAAUGUCUCAAUGCAUCCUUAUUGGGUGGCGUUCUCAGGAGAGCAAAAUCGAAAAAUGGUGGGAGAUCACUGAGAGAAAAGCUAGAAAAAAUCGGUUUGAAUUUACCCGCAGGCAGGCGCAAAGCUGCAAAUGUCACUCUACUAACCUCACUAGUUGAAGGGGAAGCGGUGCAUUUAGCCACGGAUUUUGGCUAUAUGUAAACUGAAUUUCCAGCUAAAGCUGUAUCGGAGUAUCUAAAUAGACAACACGCAGAUCCCUUGAGCUGCAUUCACGGAAAAAACAUGAUCCUGGCAACAAGUGAGCAACUUUGUAAGGAAUUUACAGACCUCCUGGCUCAGGACAGGACGCCCUUGGGCAACAGCAGACCAAGCCCCAUCUUGGAACCGGGCAUCCAAAGCUGUUUAUCUCAUUUUAGCCUCAUCACUCAUGGCUUCGGGUCUCCUGCCAUCUGUGCUGCCCUCACGGCCCUCCAAAAUUACCUGACAGAGGCCCUGAAAGGACUGGACAAGAUGUUUUUAAACAAUAACACCUCAAACAGGCACACAUCAGGGGAGGGACCUGGCUCCAAGUCUGGAGAUAAAGAAGAUAAACACAGGAAAUAAAAGAAAAAUCCAAAUCAUUUAUAUUCUAGCUUUAAAAUAUUGCAAAUAGUUGGAAAUGGAACAGUUUCAAGGAUGAAGAAAAAAGGAAGGAGAAACAGGCGCACUAGAGAAUGACACCGUGGGUCAACAUCAGUAGCAAAGGAUUUCUUUUUCACCUUAUAUUUUUAGAAAGACGUUUAGCUGAUGAGUCAAACACUCCACAUUGUGACUUUGCCAAUAUACAAACAUCUAUUAUUUUGUAUUCCUGGGAUUCAAUUCGUUCAUUUUUCUUGCAGUUUUGGUUUUACACAGUGCUGAAGAUUCCCCCCCUCCCCCGACCUUUGACAUGUGCUAUGUUCCUGAUGUAUCCUAUUGUUCUUUCCCUCGAGCCAUAUAGCCUAUGGAUGUCUCACCUGUUCAAGACUAUAUUUUCUUUGAAUUUGUGGGGCACAGAUUUCAAGGGGGUAUAACACUGUCCAUUGCCACAUAAUGUUUUUUCACCUUUUUUUUUUUAGAAUGAAUUGCCUUGGACAAACAAGGUUACAUUGAAUUCAGGUAUCAGUACGGUGCUGAAUGUAUGUGUGUGUUCUCCUGAAAUCAACACUGUAUAGGUGACAUCAUGGCAUUUUAUAUGAUACUUAACCUACAGUACACUUGGUCUAAAUUUUUUUUAAAAAUACUGAGAUACCCAUAACAAAAAUUGUCCCUGAUUAUUCAGAUUUUGUGAUGAGACAUCACUUGAUUAAAACAGCUUUGUAAAGUAAAUAGAGUGUACACUUUAUGAUAUUGAAGAAAAUAGGAUAUAUUUAACAUAAACUUGCUUGAAUUCAUCAUUGACUGAUUAAGCUAUGGAGCGUUUUGUUUUCAUUUUAAUGAUAUCAUGAAAAAAGGAAGAAAAAAACAUAGGGCUUUCCUUUAUUGGUGAUGUCAUCUUUAGAAUAGGUCACAACCUGAUAUCAGUUGAUAUGACUCCCUAACGUAAUUUUGUGGAUAACUGAUAAUGAAAGGAUCCAUAUAUUUUGGCAUACUUGUGUACAUUGUUAUGGGUUAAGAGACCUUCCAUGAACAGAUUACAUUUCAUUAUCGUCUAUAUCAACAAACAUAUUCACGAAAGCCUAUAUUAUAAUUUA